CAGCGAAAAAUGUGCCACUCGCUUUCCAAUCCCCUCCCUCCCCGCUCGCCAGGAGCUCCCCUUUUGACUUCCACCUCCUCCCCCUGCCCACCUUCCGUUCCACCGCCUAGGCACAACGACGACGAGGACCAUGGUGGCCAGGAGCCCCAACGCGAAGCCGGACAGGCAGACGGCGGCCACCCUCGCCGCCGCCGCCGCUCUCAAUCCGGCCCUCGUCAGGGAGACGCUCAAGAAGGUGGACCGGUGCAUGGCGCGGCUGCAGGAGCUGCAGUACACGGUGGCCGGCGGCGCCAAGGUCGUGUCCGGCGUCAGCCUCAGCCCGCGCAGCACGCGCGGGUACCUCCGCACCAGCCUCCGGUGCAAGAAGGAGACCGUCAGGAUGAGGGGCGGCGCGUCGGCGCAGAAAAGGUCGCCGAACGGCAAGUUCGGCGGCGCGGGCGCGGGCACUGGCGGCGAAAGCGCGCAGUGGCGGCGGAUGUCGCUGCCGGCCAUGCUGCUCGGCGAGACCGUGCUGGAGAUCGUGCAGGCCAGCCAGUUCGCGCGAGACAUCGUCGCGGUGGCCGGCGGUACGAACCGGGAGCCCCCGAGAACCCCGAAGCUGGCGCCCAGCACUAGGAAGCCAGCUGCAGCUGAGCAGACGCCCCUCCGCGCGCGGCGCGCCCGGGAGAAGCAGAGCCACCGGGGCGCUGCCCCGGCACGAGGUGCAGAUGCCGUCACGCCGCCGUCGCGCGGCCGCGUGCGGUCCCGGAUCCAGUUCAAACCGGCCUCGCCGGUCGCCCUGGGCCGGCCGUCGGUGUCCGCCAACCGGGUCUCCCCCAGGAACCGGCCGUGGGCCAAGAAGGCGGUAAUGUUCCCGAACCCGACGUUCCACGCCUCCACCUCCGCCGCCGCCGACGCGUGCGCCACGCCGUCGCCGUCCAAGAAACAGAAGCGGUCCUACAAGACGCGGUCCCCAGUCGCCGCCCGGCAGACGCCACACAAGUUCCUUGUGAAGACGCCGCCGAGCGCGCUGGGGUCCAAGAUCAGGAGCCAUGGGAAGGCACUGCCCGCGAGGUCCGCCGCGGUAUCGCCGCCGCCGCCCAAAGCGCAGGCAACACCAGCCAAAACCCGGCGCUGCUCGUUCUCGCCGUCAAGGUUGGCGACAAGGCUCGUGUCGCCGAUCAAGGCGAGGCUGUCGCUGAACAGGAACAGGGACAGCGGCGGCGGUGCCGCCGGCGGCCCGAUGAGCGGGCUGAAGCAGCGGCCGGGUGUCAGCAUGACCGUGGUGCGGACGGUGUCGAGCAGGAUAUCGUCGAGGUGAUCUUGGUGUCAGUCUUCAGCGUCUUGCGAAGUAUUGGCCGGGAGUUCAGAUUGCAGAGUAAGAAGAGAAUUGAGUGGCUCUCCUGAAUAAGAUACUCUUCUGGGAAAGAAAUUCCUUUCUUGGGGGUGCUUGUACACACACAUAACGCUUAUAUGUAUUUUUUCUGUGAAUCUUGGUGAUAAUACAUGGUGGUCUUCUCGACCGUAUAAUCCAAAGGCAAAAUGGACAAUCGAAAUGCCGAUUUUUUAGAAUGAAAUGUCAAAACUACAAUG